AUGGAUGAAAUUGACUCUGUAAUUGAAGCUGAAUCCGUCUUAGUUGACAACGUCAAAUCAUUUGCUGCUGGUGGAUUUGGUGGUAUUUGUGCUGUUUUAACUGGUCACCCCUUUGAUUUAGUUAAAGUUAGAUUACAAACUGGUUUAUACAAUUCCUCAGUCCAAUGUGUUAAACAAACAAUAGCCAAAGAUGGAUUAUUAGGGUUAUAUAGAGGUGUUUUACCUCCAUUAUUAGGUGUUACUCCCAUGUUUGCUGUUUCGUUUUGGGGUUAUGAUGUAGGAAAACGUUUAGUUUCUAGUUAUACUGGUAAGAAAGUUGAAGAUUUUGGAAUUAAGGAAAUCUCAACUGCUGGUUUCAUUAGUGCAAUUCCAACUACUGGGGUUGCUGCUCCAUUUGAAAGAGUUAAAGUUAUGAUGCAAAUUCAACAAGGAAAAGCAAAAUCAAUGGCUGGCGUAGUUGCUGAAAUGUAUAGGACUGGAGGUAUUGCGUCUAUCUUUAAAGGGUCAGCUGCAACAUUAGCCAGAGAUGGUCCAGGUUCUGCAUUAUAUUUUGCCACUUAUGAAUAUGUUAAGAAACAAUUAUCUCCAGAAAAUGGUGAAUUAUCUUUAGUUGCAGUUAUGACUGCUGGUGGUUGUGCGGGUGUGGCUAUGUGGUUGGGUGUUUUCCCAAUUGAUACUAUUAAAUCAACUCAACAAUCUUCUAAUGUUAAAGUUUCAAUUGUUCAAACUACCAAGAAUAUUUAUGCAAAAGGUGGUGUUAAAGCAUUCUUCCCUGGGGUUGGUCCUGCUUUAGCUAGAUCUUUCCCUGCUAAUGCUGCUACUUUCUUGGGUGUCGAAUUGGCAAGACAAUUAAUGGAUAGUCUUAUAUAA